CCUCUCGGAGUCCUCCCUCUCGGAGUCCUCCCUCUCGGAGUCUUCUCUCUCGGAGUCCUCCCUCUCGUUCGAUCUUCCUUGAGAGCUGCGCACGGCUUCGUCGGUGGGCAGGGCGCAUUCCAGGUCGUUUUUGCGGAUGUUCCCUCUGCGAUGUCGUGCUCAGUACUUCGUGCGUCGUGACCGAUGGCGAUGGGUGUUACGCUGAUCUUCAUUUAUAUUAUACUCGUCUAUCUGCUUCACUUCUUCGUGAAAAAGUUCCGGAUUUGGUCCAAACUUCCACCAGGUCCAUGGGGCGAGCCGAUCCUCCUCAUAGACGGGUGCCAGCCCUCCACGCUGGACGCCCCGAGGAAGAAACACGGGGACGUCUACAACUUUUCGACCAUAAUCAAGGACGUCGUCGUGCUCUGCGGUUGGGAAUCCGUCCGGGAUGUCUUCGGGAGGGCCGAGUUCUCCGGCCGGCCCGACCUCACUGCGUUUCGACAAGUCUCCUUCCGGGAUAAGGGUCUCGCUGCUUCAUCGGGAAGCCUGUGGCAGGAAAAUCGCCGCUUCACGAUGCGAGUUCUGAAGGAUUUUGGCCUCGGGAAGAAGGCUGCCUUGGAUUCCGUGAUCCAAGAUGCCGCCGUCGAUCUCUGCCAAUUCCUCAUUGAGAAUCGGCAUGAACCUCAAGAUCUCGGCCCCCGCCUCAACCUCGCCAUCCUGAACAUCAUCUGGAAAAUGACUGCAGACAAGCAAUUCUCUCACAACGACGCGAAGAUGCAAGACUUCAUGAACCGAAUCAUGGAAGUCUUCGGGGACUUCGACGUCGUCCGCCACCUUCAAUUUUCUCCUCUGCUAGCCUCCAUAUGGCCUCCGACGUUGCUAGCAUCUCGACGCAUCGCCCGGAACAUGGCUGCCAUUUUCCAAUUAUUCGCGGAUGAAGUGGAGGAACAUAAACGGAAGCUACCUUUGUCCGGAGGCUCCAACGACUACAUCGACGCUUACCUCACGGAAAUGGCACAGCAGAAGGCUCGAGGGGAGGUCAACCCCAACUUCUCGGGUAUAGUUCGAAAUCUUGAAAUCGUGGAAGGGAUGGAGGAGAGAAUUGGAAGUAGCUCAAUGCCUUACACGGAAGCCUUCAUAAUGGAGACUCACCGGCUGGUGUGCCUUUUCCCCUACCCGUUGCCUCACGAGUCUUUGGAAGAGGCGGAAGUCGUCGGGUAUCGAUUCCCUAAGGGGACAUCAUUCUUAGCAAACCUUUGGUCGUGUCACAUGGAUCCCAAAUUCUGGCCCGAUCCAGAAAAGUUUGAUCCGGGACGAUUCUUGAAUCCAGAUGGAUCCGUGAAGACCAAAGUACCCAGUUUCCUUCCAUUCUCCCUCGGACCAUGGGGCGUUCCACUUCUUGGCUCUGCCCCAUUCUUGGACGGAGGUCAACCCUACGCGCUCGAUGCCCUGAGGAAAAAAUACGGAGACAUCUACACCCUCGGGGUGCUCUCCAAGGACCUCGUGAUUCUCGGCAAUUGGGAAUUGAUCCGGGAGAUCUUCGGACGGGCAGAGUUUUCCGGUCGAACCGAGGUCGCUGUAUCUCGACAAAUCUUCUUCGGCAAGAAUGCAAUUGCGGGACAUAAAAUUCGCAUAUCAGGUAUUGCUUUUUCGUCGGGAAGCCUGUGGCAAGAAAAUCGUCGCUUCACAAUUCGAGUUCUGAAGGAUUUUGGCUUCGGGAAGAAGGCAGCCAUGGAUUCCAUGAUCCAAGAUGCCGCCGUCGAUCUCUGCAAAUUCCUCAUAGAGAAUAGACAGGAACCGCAAGAUCUUGGCCCCCGCCUCAACCUCGCUAUCCUCAACAUCAUUUGGAAAAUGACUGCAGGUUCGCGAACGAACAAGCAAUUCUCUCACGACGACGCGAAGAUGCAAGACUUCAUGAACCGAAUCAUGGGAGUCUUCAUGGACUCCGACAUCCUCCGCCACCUUCAAUGGACUCCUCUGCUGGCGUUCCUGUGGCCUCCGUCGUUCCUGGCAUCUCGACGCAUCGCCCGGAACAUGGCUGCCAUAAGGAAAACAUUCUCACGAGAAAAUAACAUUCAGGCUUUGUUUCCCAAGAAUGAAGUGGAGGAACACAAGAGGAAACUGCCCUUGGCAGGAGGCUCCAACGACUACAUCGACGCUUACCUCACGGAAAUGGCACAGCAGAAGGCUCGAGGGGAGGUCAACCCCAACUUCUCGGAGUUCCAGUUGGAAGCGAACAUCUCGGAUCUGUUCAUCGCCGGGAGCGAGACGACGUCGAAUACCAUUCGGUGGUGCGUCUUGUUUCUCCUCUGCCACCCUGAAAUUCAGGAGAAACUUCAGGCUGAAGUUGACAACGUUGUCGGGCGUGACAGACUUCCAUCGCUCGACGAUCGACACAGAAUGCCUUACACCGAAGCUUUCAUAAUGGAGACGCACCGGCUGGCGAGUCUCGUUCCCUACGCGCUGCCGCACGAGGCCAUCGAAGAUGCGGAAGUCGCCGGGUUCCUUAUCCCUAAGGGGACGACAUUCCUAGCAAACGUCUGGUCGUGUCACAUGGACCCCAACUUCUGGCCCGAUCCAGAAAAGUUUGAUCCGGGACGAUUCUUGAAUCCAGAUGGAUCCGUGAAGACCAAAGUUCCCAGCUUCCUUCCAUUCUCCCUCGGGAAGCGUCAAUGCCUGGGCGAGUCUUUGGCUCAAAUGGAACUCUUCCUGUUCGUGACCAUCUUCAUGCAAAAACUAACAUUUCGCACCACGACGGGACGCCCCUACCCCAAAGCCGAUGGUUCUCGCAACACUCUCAUCAAUCAGCCCAAGCCCUUCGUAUUCCUCGUUGAGGAGAGAAAUCACUGAAAAUUUCAGUUCCUCCUUGUGAUCGAUUCAGCCUGGCGAAUCAUCGGAUUUUCAGCGUUUCCUAUGAAAUUUUUAAUUGAGGA